GCCCGGUGAACGAUUAGAUACAUCUGCGAUCAAAAGUAUAUAAGGGAAUUUAGUUGGGGCCAGCUCAGUUACGCUGAUAAACCCGAGAAAUGCUGGGACUCAAAGUGUUAGUUAUCGUGGGGUUCUGCGUGGCUGCCUCCCUGCAGGAUACACCAUUCACCAAGUGCAAGAGUGGAGGGCCAGCACCGGAAGGGCUGAGGGUCAAAGGGUGCGAUAAGACACCCUGUAAAUUCGCCAAGGGGACGAAUGUCGAGGCUGAGUGGGAUUUUAAUGUCGUCGCUGACACCGAUGAUCUGAAGCCCAUAGUCAAAGCGAGAGCCCUGGGUAUAACCGUCAACUACCCCCUACCUGAACAAGACGCCUGCAAGUCACUCACCAACGGCGAAUGUCCGCUGGAAAAGGGGGAAUUGAUCUCGUACGGGCUGAAGAUGCCGAUCCUCAAGGCGUACCCCAACGUCGACCUCCACCUGACGUUCUCUCUGGUAGAUCAAAAAGAAAACGUCCACGUCUGCUUCGAAUUGGACGCUCGAGUCGUUAAUUAACACUUGUGAAUAAUAAUUUUGAUUAAAUAAUUAAAAAUGUAAUCGGUCAUGAGCUUUAUUAUAAUAAAUGUCGA